GGCGGAGCCGGAAGUGGGCGCGGAAGGCGGUGGCUGAGGCGGCCGGGGAGGUUCCGGCGUCGAGAGUCGGUGCCUCCAGGAGCCAUGGGCCGGGCUGAGGCGCCCUGAGGGGACGCAAGGCUGGACCAUGGCCGGCGCACGAGCCGCCGCCGCCGCGUCGGCAGGCUCCUCGGCGUCCUCCAGCACCGGGGCGCCGCAGGAGCCGGGACUCGCGGAGUUGCUGGAGGAGUUCUCCCGGACUCAAUACCGAGCCAAGGACGGCGGCGGCACGAGCGGCUCCAAGGUGGAGCGCAUCGAGAAGAGAUGUCUGGAGCUGUUUGGCCGAGACUACUGUUUCAGCGUGAUUCCCAACGUGAAUGGGGACAUCUGUGGCCACUACCCCCGGCACAUCGUGUUCCUCGAGUAUGAGAGCUCCGAAAAGGAGAAAGACACGUUUGAGAGCACCGUGCAAGUGAGCAAGUUGCAAGACCUCAUCAACCGCAGCAAGAUGGCCAGAUGCAGGGGACGGUUUGUCUGCCCGGUAAUCCUGUUCAAGGGCAAGCACAUCUGCAGGUCGGCCACGCUGGCUGGAUGGGGGGAGCUGUAUGGACGCUCUGGCUACAACUACUUUUUCUCAGGGGGUGCAGAUGAUGCCUGGGCUGAUGCAGAGGACAUCACGGAGGAGGACUGUGCUCUCCGAAGUGGCGACAUGCAUCUGUUUGAUAAGGUCAGAGGCUAUGACAUCAGGCUGCUUCGCUACCUGUCGGUCAAAUACAUCUGUGACCUGAUGGUGGAGAACAAGAAGGUGAAGUUUGGCAUGAAUGUGACCUCCUCUGAGAAGGUGGACAAGGCCCAGCGCUAUGCCGACUUCACCCUCCUGUCCAUCCCCUAUCCAGGCUGUGAGUUCUUCAAGGAGUACAAGGAUCGGGAUUACAUGGCAGAAGGGCUGAUAUUUAACUGGAAGCAGGACUACGUUGAUGCCCCGUUGAGCAUCCCCAACUUCCUGACCCACUCUCUGAACAUUGACUGGAGCAAGUAUCAGAGCUGGGACUUGGUGCAACAGACACAAAACUACCUGAGGCUGCUGCUGUCCAUAGUUAGCAGGGAUGACGACAGCGGGCUGCUGGUGCACUGUAUCUCUGGCUGGGACCGCACCCCACUGUUCAUCUCCCUCUUGCGACUCUCCCUGUGGGCUGACGGGCUCAUCCAUACGUCGCUGAAGCCUGCUGAGAUCCUCUACCUCACUGUGGCCUACGACUGGUUCCUCUUUGGGCACAUGUUGGUAGAUCGGCUCAGCAAGGGGGAGGAGAUUUUCUUCUUCUGCUUCAAUUUUUUGAAGCAUAUCACCUCCGAGGAGUUCUCUGUUCUGAAGACUCCGAGAAGGAAGAGUUUGCCGACCCGGGAGGCAGGCUUCACGCUGGAAGACAUCUGCAUGCUCAGAUGCAAAGACCGCGGCAGCACCACCAGCCUUGGCAGUGACUUCUCACUGGUCCUGGAGAGCUCCCCAGGAGCAGCUGGCAGCUUUACCUACGAGGCUGUGGAGCUGGGCCCAGCAGGAGCACCAACUCAGGCAGCUUGGAGGAAGAGCCACUCAUCUUCCCCACAGAGUGUCCUCUGGAGCCGCCCACUGCCCUCAGAUGACCGCCUGCCCUCCCACCAGGGGCUACUCGAAGCCAGGUCCUCCAGCUCUUCAUCCUCCAACCACUCUGACAACUUUUUCAGGAUGGGUAGCAGUCCCCUAGAGGUCCCCAAACCCAGAUCAGUGGACCACCCCCUGCCCGGAUCCUCUCUCUCCACAGACUUUGGCAGCUGGCAGAUGGUCACGGGCUGUGGCAGUAUUCAGGAACGGGCUGUCCUGCACACAGACUCCUCCCUGCCUUUCAGCUUCCCGGAUGAGCUCCCUAACAGUUGUCUGCUUGCAGCCCUCAACAGUCGGGAGAGCCGGCUGCAGGAGGUGCGCUCUGCUUUCUUGGCCGCGUACAGCAGCACGGUGGGGCUUCGCACAGCAGCCCCCAGUCCUUCAGGUGCCAUUGGGGGCCUGCUGGAGCAGUUUGCUCGUGGAGUCGGUCUGCGGAGCGCCAGCAGCAGCACCCUGUGAGGCAGUGAGCCCAGCACAGCUUCCUGCUGCUCUCAGCUGAGCCCUUCCUGGAAUCAAAGCCAUGCCUGGCCUGGGGGUCCCUCCCCUGUUCACACACACAGCAGCCCCAAGCUGAGCAGGCCAAGGCCAAGGGAUGCAUCCCCUGCCCAGUGGUGCUGGCCACCUGCUCCUCACUGCCUCCCGCCCACUGUGUCUUGGUUUGGGUCCUUGCAGGGGAGGUGACUUCAUGUAGGACUCGUUCCAACUUUCUGGUUUCCUGGGAGGGAGGGGUCACUUGCACUGAAACAAGGCUGUUUGGAUACCAAUCACACAAUAAAGUCAAAUUUGUUUUUGAACAGCA